AUGCCCCACACCAGGUUCCCCUUCGCCGCCACACACAGCGUGGAGGGAGCGGAGGCCGGGUCCCUGCGCACGCUCGGGAGUCCGGGACAGGCUCGGGUGUCGAGAACCCGAGAGCCCGAGGCCGCGGAGGGCGGCGUUGCCAGCAGAUUUAUUUACCCAGCGGCCCCUAUCUCGGUGCCAUCGGGCCAGGCAGGUCCUGACACCAAGGGGGGCGACAGCCCUGCAGCCCCUGAGGACCCCGCAGCCGCCGACACACGGAGCCCCGCGCUCCCCGGGCUCCCGCAGCUCCCCCGGCGCCCGCAGCUCCUGGAUGAGGAUCCGGGGCCAGGCGAAGCAGGGGCUGUGGCCGCAGAGGACAGGGAGGGGACGCCCGGGAACCCCGAGCCUGUGGCGGGCCAGGCGGGGCCCGAACCCAAGGCCGCCAGCACCGCACCACCCAUCGGCUUUGUGGGCGAGCCCCCGCCCUACGCCCCGCCAGACCCCAAGGCGGUGGCGCUGCUCUACCCGCCCUUCCCGCAGGUGCCUGUGCUCUUCCAACCUGCGGCCUCAACCGCUGCACUCUACCCGCCGCCCGGCCAGCUCUUCGGGCAGCCCAGCGCAUCCGGAGCUGCCUUCCCAUUCCCCGCGUAUGGCAGCCCUGUGGCUGGUGGUCCUGUGCCCACACCAGUAGAGCACAGACCCCUGCCUAAGGACUUCAUGAUGGAGUCGGUCCUGGUGACCCUGUUCUGUUGCCUGCUCACUGGGCUCAUCGCCAUCGUCUACUCCCACGAGACCCGAGCAGCCCUGGGCAGGGGGCACCUGGCCCAGGCUGAGGAGGCCUCGAGGAAGGCCCGCUCACUUGUGCUCUUCAGCCUGCUCUUCGGGGUCUUUGUGUCUACCAGCUGGGUCAUCUAUGUGGUGGUGGCCCUUUAUCUGCCCUGAGGCCCAGGAAUUUCAGGCCAGAUCUUGCCCUUCCCGUGGACUCUGUUCCUGCUGUGGCCAGCAGCUGCCCACAUGGGGCAAAGGAGAAGUGGGCUCUGUAGCCCAUAGCAGGCUGUGACUGGGUCCUCUGAGGCCUCGAGCAGGACACUGAUUUGAUGGACCAAGGCCCAUACAGCCCAGAAGUCCUUCUGGGAUGCCUGCCUUCACUUUUGCUCCUAGAAGACUACAGAAGACUGAUGCCCUCACGAUCUUGGGAGUCAUCUGGAAGGACAUGACCCUCCAGUCAACAAGAGUGCAGAGCUCCCGGUGCCCACUUCAGAGGACUCUGCAGCUUUGUGUCUGAGUGCAGCUGAACCCAGACCUGCCCCGCCCUGCCCUGAGCCACCCCAGAUACGGGCACUCCAGCUCUUCUUAGACACAAUGCCUGUAUCCUAAGACCCACUUUUCUGGAAACUUCCUUAUUUUCUCCUUAUUGCCUCUGGCUUCUGCUGACCACCUGAUUGAGGCUUUUAGCUUCUGGCCUCCCCAUCCCCAGCUUCUUGCUCAUUUUCUCUUUACCUUUAUUGCCCCAAAAUAGGUCAGCUGAGGGGCUCAGGGUGUGUAGUGCUUAUCUCACAUGCACAAAGCCCUGGGUUUCUAUCCCCAGCACUGUAUAUGUGGGGUGCCUGGUACAUGCCUGGAAUCCCAGCACUUGAGUGGAAGGAUCAGAAAUUCAAGAUCAUUGGCUAGAGCUGGAGGCCACCCUGGGCUACGUGAGUCUCAUGUAGGAUAAGCUGGGUGUCCAGUCAGGGAAGACUGUUUGUGGACUGGGGAACACUUUCAGGUCAGACCACCCCAAAUGCUGCCUACAGAGACAAGCAGCUGCCCUCCCAUUAUGUGCCCUUGGGUCACAUCCAGCUGGCUGUGGUCUUGGGAAAGACUCCAUUGCCAGGGAGUUAUCCAAGGGAGGAGGGAGGAGGGUACCCGGUUGAACCUGAAAACUACAUGCAGCGCCCAUCAAGCCGGGCCUUUCUUUUGGGUGGCUGCCACUGUUCACUGCCCUCGCACCAGGCACGCCAUCCUCUGGAGACUGGAAGUCGGUAGUGAGCAGGGUGGAGAUCUGGGAACGUUCCAGAAUCAAGAACUUCAACAUCAAAAUGCAUUGUAGCCACAAAGAGGAGGCGAGCAUUUCAGGGGACUGGUAGAUGCCCAAAAGAGGUACCUGACCACAUCCAACCGCCACACUGUUCUCCCUUUGGAAGUCUGGAAGCCUGGAAGCUUCUUGGACUCGAGUGAAUUGCCUGGGAUCGAGCUGCAAAGGCAGAUAUGGGUUCUAUAGCCCCAGUCAGAAGCUCUGCGCGGCCAGGGAGCUCUCUGCUGCUGCAGGACACCUCAGGUGGAGAUUCAAUGCCAUUGUUAAAGAGCAUCUGCACCAAGACCUUACCUUUAACCCUCCAGCAUCUCUUCCUCAACACUGCUGGGAAGUUCAGCUAAGACAAAACAAGUGGAGUCUGCAGUACAGAAACCAGAAGAGAUGGAACGCUGCACUAUACAAUGAAUAUACACCAAUUAAAAAAGGGAGCCGCUGAGCUGGCUCAGUGGGAGAAGCACUUGCUGCCAAGCUUGACAACCUAAGCUUAAUUCCUGGGACCCACAUGA